GAGGCCGCCCGGGCGUCGGCGCUACGCUCUCGGCUGCGAUGAGCUCGGACGCUGCGAUGAGCUCGGACGCUGCGAUGAGCUCGGACGCUGCGAUGAGCUCGGACGCUGCACUUCGCCGGGCUCGCGGUCCAGGUAAAGAACAAAACAUGACCGAAAUAGACGCCUUCCCUAGGAGAGAAAUAUUUGAUCCAACUGAAAAGUACAAAAUGGACCACAAGAGGAGAGGAAUUGCGUUAAUCUUCAAUCAUGAGAGGUUCUUCUGGCACUUAACCCUGCCAAACAGGCCGGGCACCAGUGCCGACAGAGACAAUCUUAGGCGCAGGUUUUCAGAUCUAGGAUUUGAAGUAAAAUGUUUUGAUGAUCUUAGAGCAGAAGAACUAUUGCUCAAAAUUCAUGAGGCAUCAACUGCUAGCCACGUAGAUGCAGAUUGCUUUUUGUGUGUUUUCCUGAGUCACGGUGAAGGCAACCACAUCUACGCAUAUGAUGCCAAAAUUGAAAUUCAGACGUUAACAGGCUUGUUCAAAGGAGACAAGUGUCAGAGCCUGGUUGGAAAACCCAAGAUAUUUAUCAUUCAGGCGUGUCGGGGCAGCCAGCAUGACGUGCCGGUCAUCCCUCUGGAUGCAGUUGAUCAUGGGGCAGACAUGCUGGGUGCCAACGUGACCCAGGUGGACGCAGCCUCAGUUUAUACACUUCCUGCUGGAGCCGACUUCCUCAUGUGCUACUCCGUGGCAGAAGGUUAUUAUUCUCAUCGGGAAACUGUGAAUGGUUCAUGGUAUAUUCAAGAUUUGUGUGAGAUGCUGGGGAAAUUCGGCUCCUCUUUGGAGUUCACAGAACUCCUCACUCUGGUGAACAGGAAGGUUUCUCAGCGCCGAGUAGACUUUUGCAGAGACCCAAGUGCUAUUGGAAAGAAGCAGGUUCCCUGCUUUGCCUCAAUGCUAACUAAAAAGCUGCACUUCUCUCCAAAAUCUAAAUGAUAGGUGCUAUUUUGUUUUAUGUAUUCAAAAUAGAUUUUCUCUUUUCAUAUAAAGAAGUAUCACUUGGUUGAAGCAAUCUAAAUGGUACAGCAAUUUUAAAUGUUUUAAGCUUUAAUAACUUAAAAUAGUUCAUAUUGGACAUGGUGAAGGGUUUUGAUAUAUGGAGAAAUGAAAUCCUCAGGGAAUUCCUACAGAUAAAAAUCCACAAGCAUUUGUAAUACUAGACUUUCGUAGUAAAUUGCAAGUUUACUCAA